CAGCCGUGCUGUGCGGGGCUGGGGCCGGGUGCUCCGCAGCCCAGCGAGAGUUAACGGCGGAGCCGCCUCUCCAUUGGCGGCCGGCGGAGCGGCUGCUGCCGAGCCCCGCGUUUAUAACGGGCGGACGGGCCCUCCGCAGCCCCUCCGCCGGCACCGCGGCUCCGGCUCCAUGCCGGGGGGUCCGGCAUGCCCAGCCUGCUGCCUCCCUUCCUCGCCCUGCUCUGCUUCGGGGCGCCGGCGCCCGCCCUGAGCGCUGCGGCGGGGGUGACCGAACCGCCCGACAGGGCCGGGACCGGAACCGGGACUGAGGCUGGGACCGGGAACGGGACCGAGGCCGGUCCGGAGGCGGCAGCGGAGGAUCCGUGGUGUCCCUACAAGGUGGGGGCCGAGGGGGCUGCGGGCGGGCGGCUCUGCUUCCGCACCCCCGCCCGCGGUUUCCAGUGCUCGGCCCGCUCCUGCCGCGCCCACCGCUCUCCCGGGGGGGGUCUGGUGGCCAACGUGCUCCGCAACGGCAGCGUCCUGCUGCAGUGGGGACCCCCGCGCCCCGCCGCCGGCCUCCGCGGAUUCUCCCUCAACUGCUCCUGGGACGGCACCUACACUCGCUUCCCCUGCGACAGCGUGGAGCUGGGGGCGGCCUGUCGCGACUAUCUGCUGCCCGAGGCUCACGGCAGCGUCCGCUACCACCUCUGCCUGCAGCCCCGCUUCGCCCCGCCGCGCCCCGCGCCCCCCGCACAGUGCGUGGAGUUCCGCGUGGAGCCGGCAGCCAUGCGGGACAUCGUCGUGGCCAUGACGGCCGUGGGGGGUUCCAUCUGCGUCAUGCUCGUCUUCAUCUGCCUCCUGGUGGCUUAUAUCACCGAGAACCUGAUGAGCCCGGCCCUGGCCCCGCGCCGUGCCUAAAACGGGGCCGCCCGGCUGCCUGCCGCCUCUCGACAGAGAAGGGUUGGGUGGCUCGGGUCUGACUUGCCCGAAUAUUCCGUGAUUUGGGAAUACCUCAGGAUUUAGAGCUCUUCUUCCUCCUAAGGUGGCUGCUCAGCCUGAGCCCGUAGGUGGUUGCUGAACUCACGGGGUCUCCGCAGAUCAAAACCAAACCACGGCGAAGGUCCACAAGUGCCAGAAAAAUGGCUGUUUGGACAAGGCCUGCUCCAGGAGACUCUCCAGAACACUCUUACUUCAAGCCUCUGUCGAAGUCGCCUUCCUCUAGACCUGAGCUUGAUUUUUUCCCCGAGAGAGAAGGCUGCUCAAAGUCCACGGGAGAGCAGAGCGAUGGAGCCACAGACCCCGCAGCUCCGUGCGUGUUGAUCCAAAGCCCACCUAAAUCUGACGACUUAAGUGGGUUUUGUAUCGUGCCUUACGUUGUUCUCAAGUUCUGGGAUCUAGACUGGUCACUGUCCAAAACAACGGGGCAUCUUCUGGUCAGCUACCAACAUCCUACCCCGAGUAAACUCACUUCUCCCUGUAGGACUGUUGUGUCCGUAGUUUCCACAAAGAGCAAGGGUAAAGGGACAUAGUCUGAAAAUUCCAUAUUGUUGUGCAAGUAGGAGCCAGUCCUUAAUUUUAAAAUCAGUGCAGUGUGGAUGAGCACCAUCCCUGCCCUCUGAAACCCCAUCUUUUAGGCAUGCUCUGUGCAGCCACACUGAGGUAAAAGCAUCCUCAGCACAGAACUCGUGUUGUAGCCAAGUGUUUUGAGCCUAGAACACUCCCCUUAGCUGCUCACUCGAUGCUGUAGUAAGGUUUUAGCCAUAGAGUUUUAAUUCUCUUGUGCCUUAGUGCUGAGAACUUGUCCCAUUUAUAUUGGUUUAGCUGUUCCUGUAGUCUUCAUAGACAACUGUACCUCCCUUCGUGGUUUUGUCUCUGAAAUCGGUGGUUGUUGGUUUGGUUUUCCUUUUUUAAAACCCAUAAACUUGGUCAUUACUUGAACUUUAGUAUGGGCACAAAAUAGUCACCAUCCCAGAGGUGUUUAGUUAGUAAUCUAGUCUGUGUUUAGUGUGUUUGUGUGUAGCUGACAGCUGUAAGAGAAAAUGACUUUGUGUCACUUAAACUGAGCACCUAGAGCAAAACAGGGGAACAGCUCUGCUGGAAAGGGGUGUUGGUACUGGAACACUUCAGUUUCCUCUGUGAUCUGUUUGUGUAAAUGUUUGUCACUGGUGAAUGACCCGAGUGCAUUCCUUUGUGGAAGUAGUUAGUGACGUGUGAACCUACUAGUAGAGGAUAAAUAUAGAAAGUAUUUGGAAUUCUUGAUAAAAGGCAGUAUUUGUACUUCUAAUCCCUCCCAUCGUUUGAGAGUGGCUGGGAAGCUGAAGGUCUGUAUUUCAUCAGGCAGAAAUACCUUUUAUUUGUUUGUAAUUCUUGCUUUUUCCUUUGCACAUGCUGUCAUUGCUCACAUGACUCUAAAGUGCUCCCCUUUUAUUUCCUUUCCUUCAUACUUGAUUUAAGCAGCCUGAUGAUCAUCACAGGAGCAGAAAGCUGCUGUCAGUCAUUGAUACUGAAGGACAAUGUCAUCAUUUUUUUAUUUUUAUUUUCUCCCUGAGGUGAUUGACUGCUCGAACAAAAGGCAAUCAGUUUUUAAGAAUAUUAAGAUAACUCACACCCUGUAGUUUGGUUCAGUGAACUUGGAUACAGAGUAAAUUUGGGUCACUAAUCUUUCAGAGGUUUCAGAUCAGUCCCUCCUGUAGCCAGUGUUGGAGUGGCACUGAUUCUGUAGAUCUCUGUCAACCAGUGUUACUGUUUUGUUCCUCAUCUUGUUGUGAAUUGCCAGAUGUGAAAAAUCAAAUGUGUAAAUAAUAAACCUUGUGCCACCUUAGCACUGACCUUAAUAAAUUAAGAGAAUAAUGAAAACCACAAA